CUUCGGUUCACCAUCUCUCAUAAAUAGCUGAAUUAGAUGGUGAUCGAUUUGUCAUCACAUACAUAAUCAAUUUGACGAGCUUGGCCAGACUGAGGAGUCAGGAAGAAGCCUACACAUUUACCCAUCUCUGUGUCAAUUUUAGUUGGCUACUUACACCACUUCCCAAUCCAUACGUAAACCUCGAAACUACCUCGUGCUUUCCUCAAACUCUCUCUUAUCUAAAUGGAGUACGACGAUGCCGGAAGCACAACAGAAGAAGAAAGCUACUUAAACCAAAAGCAGCUAACUGGUCACUCACUCACUCCCUCCCUCCCUCAUUUAUCCACCCACGUAAAGGCAUGAGCUUUGUGUCCCUCGUACGUUCUUCAACUCUGUGAAAGACUGAAACUGCUCUCAGCUAGAGAGAACUCUAGGAUCAUGGCUUGUAAGUGGGUUCUAGUUGUGAUUUGCUUAUGGGUUUGGUCAACUUACUUGGCUGCUACGGAAUCCGAUGAUGGGUUAGUGAGGAUUAGUCUAAAAAAGCAUCCUUUAGACAUCAGUAGGAUAAAUGCUGCAAGAAUCACCAGUAGAAUAAUUUCUCAACAGAGUGAUAAUGAAGAUAGUCUUAAAGGUAGCAUUGUAUAUUUGAAGAACUAUCUUGAUUCCCAAUUUUAUGGAGAAAUUGGCAUUGGAUCACCCCCACAAACCUUUGCUGUUGUCUUUGAUACUGGAAGCUCUAAGCUUUGGGUCCCGUCUUCGAGAUGCAUUCUUUCUAUUGCUUGCUAUUUUCAUUCUAAAUACAGGGCAACUAUAUCAAGUACCUAUACCAAAAUUGGAAUACCCUGCAAAAUUCCUUAUGGCUCUGGUUCUGUAUCUGGCUACUUCAGUGGGGAUUAUGUUAAAGUUGGGGAUAUUAUCGUUAAAAAUCAAGAAUUUGUUGAGGUUACAAAGGAAGGGUUUGUUUCAUUCUUAGCUGCACGGUUUGAUGGGGUUUUUGGACUUGGAUUUCAGGAUAUUUCUGUUGGCGAACCCACACCAGUGUGGUACAACAUGGUGCAACAAGGUCGUAUAAGCCAGAAUAUUUUCUCUAUUUGGCUCAAUCACGAUCCAAAAUCACAAGUUGGAGGUGAAAUCGUCUUUGGAGGAUAUGAUUGGAAGCACUUUACGGGUGAUCACACAUAUGUCCCCAUUUCACAUAAGGGAUACUGGCAGAUUGAGGUGGGAGAUAUUAUUGUUGCAGACUUUUCAACAGGAUUCUGCAAGGGUGGCUGCGCUGCCAUUGUGGAUUCAGGGACAUCCUUACUUGCUGGUCCAACUACUGUUGUGGCUCAGAUCAACCAUGCCAUCGGAGCUGAAGGGUUUGCAAGCUUGGAAUGUAAAACUGUAGUUUCCACUUAUGGAAAUCUGAUGUGGGACUAUUUAGUCUCUGGGGUAAGGCCUGAUGUACUGUGUGUCGAUAUCAGCCUAUGUUCGUAUGACGGACCUCAUCAUGUAAACAAUAAUAUUGAGAAAGUGGUUCAAAAUAUAACUCAGAAGGAGGCAUCUCUUGAUGAAACUCCUUUAUGUACUUUGUGCGAGAUGAUUGCUUACUGGAUUCAACUUCAACUUAGAAAACAAGUAUCAAGGGAGAAAGUAUUUACACAUGUGAAUGAGUUGUGUGAGAAGCUUCCAAAUCCUGUGCGAAGAUCGUUUGUCAACUGCGAUAACCUUGCAACCAUGCCAGAUGUUUCGUUCGUGAUUGGAAACAAAACCUUCACCCUCACUCCAGAUCAGUAUAUACUUAAAGUUGAAGAAAGGUGUUCUACUGUCUGCCUGAGUGGAUUUGUUGCGUUAGAUGUGCCUCCACCACAAGGUCCACUAUGGGUUCUUGGAGCUCUAUUCUUGGGUGCAUACCACACUGUGUUCGACUUUGGCAAUCUCAGGGUAGGAUUUGCCAGAGCUGCAUAGUGCAAUGCAAUCCUUUAGUUUUCAACUUCAUGUAUUUUCCUCAAACUAGGACAUCAAAAUGGAAUCAAGGAUCAAGUGAUUUUUGGUAUCCCAUGUGAUAUGCAGAGCAUUUUAUGGUUGUUCGUAAAUAAAAUACAUCCCAUCUGAUCCUUGAAUCAUUGAAUUGUAAAUAAGUAACAGCAAUAUUUGAUGCUCAUUGUCCCACGUGAAUCAUAUACGAGAAACUAGAAACUGUUUUGCUCUUUGGUACUACGAAAUUGCUUCAUAAGAACAAGAAAAUACAAGGCUUCAAUUUGUAUUGGUUGGAGUAUGAGA